GUCAAAAUUAGGGUUUUCAUUUUUAAAAAAAAUGGCUACAGAAUCUUUGGAGUUAGAAGAAGAAGGGAAGAUUAUAGGUGGAAAUCAACAUCUAAUAGUUGACGAUGACCUUAGAGAAAUGGGCAAAAAAGCAGCUUGGAGUGUCAGCUCUUGUAAAACUGGCAAUGGCGUCUCUUCUCUCCGUGACGACAAUCUUGAAAACUAUUGGCAAUCAGAUGGAGCACAGCCUCAUUUAGUUAACAUUCAGUUCCAGAAGAAGGUUAAGUUGCAAUUAGUUGUACUUUAUAUGGAUUUCAAGCUUGAUGAGAGCUACACACCAAGUAAGAUCUCUAUUCGAGCUGGUGAUGGCUUCCAUAACUUGAAGGAGAUUAAAACUGUGGAACUUGUCAAGCCGACUGGUUGGAUUUAUCUUUCAUUAUCUGGAAAUGAUCCUCGUGAAACUUUUGUCAAUACCUUUAUGCUGCAAAUUGCGGUUUUGUCAAAUCACCUUAAUGGGAGGGACACUCAUGUGCGCCAGAUCAAAGUUUAUGGACCUCGACCGAAUCCUAUUCCACACCAACCAUUCCAAUUUACCUCUAGGGAAUUCAUUACAUACUCCACUGUGAGAUAAUAAGUGUGACCUGAGUUGGGGCAGUAAAGGACAUGGAAUUGGAAAUGCGGAAUCUAGUCUCAGAUUGAAGAGAACUAAGCAUGUUGCUGAAAGCAACCAUAUAGUAUUUCUUUAGCGCUAAGGGGAGUUUCUCAGAGGAAUGUAAAUCUAUAACAUGAUGACGGUUUUAUAGAGGUGAUAUUGUCGGGUUUUCACUCCUUUGUGAUUGUGCUGAUCAGAUGGUUUAAAACUUGCUUGGAUAGUCUCCCUUUUUAGGUUCUUUCCCCAUCUUUUUUUCGAAUGUCUGGACAUUUUGACAUUCUAUUAUUUGAGUAAAGGCAAUAGAUAUUUGGAUUUGUCACUCUGCAACCAAUUAUUGUUGUCCUUGUUCCUGUAUCAUACCUUGUAUGUCAACAGUUAAAGUUCACAUUUCCAAGGGAAAAGAAAUGAACUUGCCACG